AAUACAAUGUAAACAUGUUUAAUAAAAAAAAUUACAACAGAGGCCAAUCUUCAUUUUUAUUUUUUUGUUCCCAAUUUUACAUCGUCAUGACUUUUUUAUGUGCAUUUUUAUUUCCUCAUUAUUUUAUUUAUGUAUUGUCUAUUUUGGCAGCAAGAGUCUUCCAUACUGCUGUAGUUGGUGUUGGGAGACUAACUUCAGGAACAGCAGCCGCCUGCAGACAGCACCCACCAGAACCAGAACCAGAACCAGAACUCCACUCAAACCCGAAACCUCCGAGUUGGAGCUCCAGUUGAGAGGGAACCUGCUCCAGGUGUCUCUUCCGCCACCUCCUUCCUCCAGGUAGGGUGGAGCAGUUUCUACCUGAGCCGCGCUAACCCAACCCGCUCAGCUGCAGCUCUAGCGCGGACCUCCAGACGUAACGACUCACCGACCUCACCGUUGUUUUAAAGUCGUUUCUGAGCCACUUCCGGUCAGCAGGCAUGAGUUCCAACCGGGAACACCGGGAGAGAAACGGAGAGCGGCGCACCCGCGCUCACGACCAGCGGUCCCGUCCUGACAGCUCCUCCUCUCGGCCUCCUCACUAUCCCCGUGACUCGCACCACCGGUCCACACAAGAGCGGGACGCCCCGCGGGGGGGACGCGACGAGUCCAAAUGCACCCACGUCUGUUCCAGGAGAGGCAUCGUGCUGAUCUGCGCCGUCCUGACCAACGCCCUGGUCCUGAUCUGCGUGAUUGCAGCUCAGAUGGUCGUGUCGGGCGUGUCCUCCAUGGGCGGCAUGGGCACCUUCAACAUCAACUCCGACUUCAACAUGCAGGGCACCGAGCUGCAGCAGGCCCGGGACCUGGACGUGCAGUACAGCCAGAUGAGGGCACCGUGCAUCUAUGGGGGGAUCCCCUUCAGCCUGGCCUUCGGGGUGGUCUCGCUCCUGUUUGUGGUGGCCGGGAACAAACCCGCCUACCUGAUGUCUCGGAAGCUGCUGAUGGGACAGGCGGUGUUCCAGGCGGUCGGCGCCGUGGCCUACGUGGUGGCGGUCGGCCUCUACAUUCACUUCGUUAUCACGGUCAACUCAACUGACGUGUGCAAGCAGCGCGCCAUCCUGUACGCGCGGAGAGGCUACACCUGGAUGAACUGCGACGUGAGCGGGGGGGACGCGGCCGUGGCUCUGUUUGGGCUCGUCACCGCCAUCCUGUACACCGCCGGCGCCGUGCUCACGUUUCAGACCAUCAGAGGAGUGAGGCGCUACCUGGAGGAGCGAGAUAGACGAGCAGCAGAGGAGGCGACGUCCCGGGGAAGCGCCCAGAGAGCCCCGCUGAAGGCAGAAACCACCUUCGUGUGAGCAGAACUGGCUCGGUUUGGGUCUGAGAACACACAAAGGCGCUUCAGAUCCAUUACAGCCGCUCCAGAUGAGAGGAUCAAGUUGGAAUGUGAAAGAACCCCCAUUUUCCACUUUUUCCUGCCGUGGAUUCAGAAACUGUUUACCAGGAUCCAGGUCGACUCAGGUGCAAUGACCUCAUGUAACAUUGUUCUGUGACUCUGAUGUGACGGACGACUCUGCUCCAGGUGAGAAAGAGCAAAGACGAGUUUGCUUUUCUCCAAAAGCGACGAGGACUCUCUAGUUGUAAUCACAAAUGCCUUUUUCUACAAACCACAGCUGUUGAAUCAGGAUUUUACUUCAUGUUUAACACAAAUGAUUCAUUUUUAAAGUUGAUUUUUUUACUUUUAAACUUUGUAGUUUUGACAGAAGCAUAAAUCUGUAUAUUAGAUCAUUUAGAUGUUUAUUUUAAUAUUUGCUAAUCAGUGACACCAACUGGGCCUGAUUAUCUAAUAAAUCGUGUUUUUAUAGGCAGGAGGA